CUCUAUCUUAGUUUUCUUCUUACAAAAGUCUUUUUAGUUUUCGACCAAAACUUAUUAUCACUACAACAAUGGCUUCCAACAGCGGACUCGUCAUUUGUUUCGGGGAGAUGCUAAUUGAUUUUGUGCCCACUGCUUCCGGCGUUUCAUUAGCCGAUGCUCCUGGCUUCUUGAAAGCCCCCGGCGGUGCACCGGCUAAUGUCGCCAUCGCAGUGACAAGACUCGGUGGAAACUCGGCUUUUGUCGGGAAAUUAGGAGACGAUGAAUUCGGUCACAUGUUGGCUGGGAUCUUGAAACAAAACAAGGUUUCAGUCGACGGGGUCAGUUUCGACGCCGGAGCAAGAACCGCAUUGGCAUUCGUCACCCUCCGCUCCGACGGAGAGCGCGAGUUCAUGUUCUACAGAAACCCUAGCGCCGACAUGUUGUUGAAACCCGAAGAAUUGAAACUCGAUCUCAUCAAAUCGGCCAAGGUAUUCCACUACGGAUCCAUCAGUUUGAUCGUCGAGCCUUGCAGAUCCGCCCACAUUAAGGCUAUGGAAGUGGCCAAGUCGGCCGGGGCUUUGCUUUCCUUUGAUGUUAACCUCCGAGAGGCGCUUUGGCCUUCCAAGGAGGAAGCCAAGGAGAAAAUCCUUAGCAUAUGGGAUUACGCCGACAUUAUUAAAGUUAGCGAUGUCGAGUUGGAGUUCCUCACGGGAAGCGACAAGAUCGACGACGAAUCUGCCUUGUCCCUAUGGCGUCCGACCAUGAAACUUCUCCUCGUAACCCUCGGUGAAAAGGGUUGUAAGUAUUAUGCUAAGAAUUUUAAGGGUCAUGUCGAUAGCUUUCAAGUCGAUACAGUUGAUACCACUGGCGCCGGAGAUUCGUUUGUUGGGGCUUUAUUAGCAAAGAUUGUGAACGAUGAAUCAAUUUUGGAGAAGGAAGCAAAUCUUAGGGAAGCCCUAAGGUUUGCAUGUGCAUGUGGAGCCAUCACAACAACUAAUAAGGGUGUAAUUCCAUCACUUCCUACUGAAGAUCAAGUUCUCGCACUCAUAACCAAGACAAUCUAGAAAAGUUAAAUUUCGGAUAUUAAGUAGCUUCUUUCUUCUUUUUUUUUGUCCCC